UUGGCAUAUCUGUUCUUUUGCUUGGUAGGUUGCUAACUCAUGCAGAGAAAUUAAUUGAUGGGAUCAUGUAACUCUGAUUAUAUUUGACUUUGGUUGUACUUGAUGUAACUAGUCAUCUAGUAGUGUUGUAAUGUUCAGCCCAUUCUACCAGUUUUUAUGUGCUGCUAUUUUGUUAGUCAGCCUUUUCAAUUUGUGAUACAUUGAUUAAGAAGUGAUAUUCUGCUACCUGAUAAAUUCUCCCACUAAUCAAGGUGAGUGGUUUGCAAUUUUAAGAGAUUCCCCCUUACGUUCCAGAGGGAAUUUGGUCAGAAAACUUAAUUUUCAUUGUUGGUUUUUCUUGCUACUCAUGAGGAUUGGAGGACAGUUCUAAACGAGUUAGCUUAUUUAUUUAUUUAUUUAUUUUUAUUGAGGUUUGUGGAGGUCAUUCUUACUGCUGGCGCUUUUGUUUGCAAAUGUCAUGCAAUGUGAGAGAGUAGAAGACUGAUUGGGAAAUUUAUUGCUGCAGUUAAUAGCUUUGAUGGCGUUGUUCCUUUUGAUUAUGAUUAAUCUGUGGUGGUUGUAUCUUCUUUCGUUGUUUCCAGCGACUGGGGAGUUUUAGUUGUUUCCAGCACGGUUCAUCAUGUCUUUUCUGCUAUGCACAUGUUUAAGGUCAUCUUUAUGGAUCAUGCCAGAAAUUUGAAGUUCACUGGAGUUUCCAUUUAUGGUUGUCUCAGUCGGCAUUUUCUUAGAAUCUCAUAUAAUUAGUUGAAGUUGGAGAAAAAUGAAGGCUACUUCUCAGCAUGGAUUGUUUUGUUGUUGUUUGAGAGAAAGAACUCAUAUUGAACAGUUAAUCAGAUACAUUAUUGAAGAAGCUCCUGAAGAGGCUGAGAAGAAUCGAAGUUUUAAGUUUCCUUUUAUCGCUUGUGAGAUUUUUACUUGUGAAGUGGAUAUAAUUCUCAAAGCUUUGAUGGAGGAUGAAGAGUUGAUGAACUUGUUGUUUUCCUUCCUAGAACCCAAGCCUUCUCAUAGCACCCUACUGGCUGGCUACUUCAGCAAGGUUGUCAUAUGCUUGUUGUUGCGGAAGACAAUUUCUUUUAUGCAGUAUGUUCAAGCACAUCAAGCAAUUGUAAAGAAGCUAGUUGAUCUGAUAGGAAUUACUUCCAUCAUGGAGGUUUUGAUAAGGCUUCUUGGUGCUGAUGGGCAUCUGUAUGCAAGCUAUACAGAAUCAAUGAAGUGGAUUGAAGAGACUGGUGUUCUGGAGUUGAUAAUGGACAAAUUCAGAUCUUCAGAUUGUUCAAUAGUUCAUUCUAAUGCAUCUGAAACGCUUUGUGCUAUUACUCGAUUUGCUCCUCCUGGUAUUAUGGCUAAAAUUGCCAGCCCAAGUUUUGUAGGAAGACUGUUUCGCCAUGCCUUGGAAGAGUUACGACCACCAUCUGUUUUAAUAAACUCAUUAUCUGUGUGCAUAUCUUUGUUAGAUCCUAGGAGGCUAACUACUGGAACAGCUUAUGCAUACAAUCGCCAAUUAACUCGUGGACCUACAGUUUCAGCAACUAUGGAGACUGUAGAAGGCAUGUUGGAGAGUUUAGGUAGGUUGCUCAAGCUUCUGGAUGUUUCUUCAUCAGAUGAAGUUUUGGUUACUGCAUACGGAAAGUUACAGCCACCUCUUGGGAGGCAUCGUCUGAAGAUUGUAGAGUUCAUAUCGGUCUUACUUUCGGUGGGUGGCAAAGCAACAGAGGAGUUGAUUAAUCUUGGAGCAAUCAAUCGAAUUUUGGACUUGUUCUUUGAGUACCCAUACAAUAACUUUCUGCAUCACCAUGUAGAGAACAUUGUAGUGUCAUGUUUAGUGAGCAAGAAUUCUUCACUUGUAGAGCAUGUUCUUCAUGAGUGUGAUCUUGUGGGGAAGAUACUGAAUGCAGAAAAGCAUUUCACUUUGCCAGUUGGUCCGAACAAGCCAACGGUUUCUGCAGAAGGUAAAGCACCACCUAGGAUAGGGAACAUGGGUCAUUUGACACGUAUAUCUAACAAACUUGUUCAACUGGCAAACAACAGCAGUGAGAUUCGAUCACAUUUGCAGGAUAGCACGGAAUGGAGUGACUGGCAAACAAAUUUCCUUUCAAAGCGUAAUGAAUUGGAAAAUGUCUACCGUUGGGCGUGUGGGCGCCCAACAGGACUGCAGGAUCGAAGUAGGGAUAGUGAUGAAGACGAUUACCAGGAAAGAGACUACGAUGUUGCAGCUCUAGCAAAUAAUUUGAGCCAGGCUUUUCGACAUGGCAUUUACAGCAAUGAUGAUAUGGAUGAGGCUCAUGGAUCACUUGAACGUGACGAUGAGGAUGUUUACUUCGAUGAUGAAUCUGCUGAAGUUGUUAUAUCCUCUCUGCGUCUUGGUGAUGACCAGGAAAGUGGCUCUCUCUUUACAAAUUCAAAUUGGUUUGCUUUUGAGAAUGAUUUAAUUGCAAGUGAUCGUACAACUGGCUUGCUUGCCUCUCCUUCCCCGUAUAUUAAAGAGACUGGAGUCGUCAAUGAUGGUGCUAAUGACGUUAUUGUUGGCGAAGAUGAUGAUUUGGAUGACAUGGCAACAUCCUCUCCACAAUCACAGGGCACGUCAGAACACUCGCGCAAUGUAACAAGCAAUUCAAAAGAAAUAGCAGCCAACGAGACUGAUAAUCCACCUGAGUGGGUCGAAUGGAGGGAGACCUCAAAUCACGAAGGUUCCUCCUUAAUACUUUCAAAUGGGGAAGUUGCAGUAAUUUCAGAGGUUACUGAAUCAGAUGCCACACAACCCUCUCUGUCCGUAGGUGCAUUGGCCGGUAAAGACGCUGCUGUUGGACAAGUACCAGCAGAUACCAAUAAUGAUAAAAAUUUGGAUUCUUCAGAAAUGUCGAAAUCUGUAGACAAUAUUAAUAUAAAAUCAAAAUCUAUCACUAGUGAGGAAAUAGUCAAUGAUGCAGGAGCCAAUGAUGUAACAAUAGGCCACGAGAGCGCCAAGGAAAUGAAACGCUGAUUGAUAUAUCUUUGGCAUUGAUCCCGUGGGUAGAUGAACCCUUGGGCAUGUUUGCUGGCUAGGGAAUUGUAUUCUUAGAUCCUUGUGUACAUCAAUCAAUGGGGCAAGGUGAAGGUAUAAUAGGUUGAUUAUUCUUUCUCACCAUCUGUAGAAAAGUUAAGGUCUCAUGUCUGUCACUCACGUUAUCUCUAUGAAAAGGGAAGGUUCUGAUGUUAGAUA